AUGACCGACACAAAAGAGACGCAGACCGCGCCUCCUUCGUAUAGUGCCAGGUCUUCACGCCUUCCAGAGGAGGACAUGUCUGUCGGUAGGUACUUGGCUACACGGGUUUCUUCCUUGCGUCCCCCUAUGAACAAGGCCCCAAAUCCUAUCAAGGCCUUGAUGUUGUUGAAUAAACAGCAAUGGCUAUUUUUCUUGGUCGCCUUCUGUGGCUGGACUUGGGACGCGUUUGAUUUCUUUUCCGUCUCGAUUUCUUUGACCAGUCUGGCUAAAUACUUUGACCGUCCCAAUUCGGAGAUUACCUGGGGUAUUACUCUCGUGCUGAUGCUGCGUUCCGUCGGCGCCAUCAUCUUCGGUAUCUUGUCUGAUCGCUACGGCCGGAAAUGGCCCUUUGUCGCCAACAACGUUCUCUUCAUCAUCUUGGAAUUGGGUACCGGUUUCUGUCAGACAUACAACCAAUUUUUGGCAUGCCGUGCGCUUUUCGGGAUUGCCAUGGGUGGUUUGUAUGGUAACAUUGCUGCCACCGCUUUGGAGGAUUGUCCCCCUGAGGCGCGUGGAAUUAUCUCCGGAAUGUUGCAACAAGGUUAUGCUUUUGGUUACUUGCUCGUCACUGCAUUUGCGCGUGGCCUUGUCGACACCACGCCGCAUGGGUGGCGCCCUCUUUUCUGGUUCGGUGCUUGCCCACCUGUGUUGUUCAUUAUUUUCCGUCUGUGCUUGCCCGAGACCCAGGCUUACCAGAGUCGCGAACGAGUACGAAAUUCUCUGGCUGGUGGUGUCGCUGGCACUUUCCUGUCGGAGGGCAAAGUGGCUGUCAAGAAUCAUUGGAAGCUGCUGAUAUAUAUUGUUCUGUUGAUGGCUGGAUUUAACUUUCUGUCUCAUGGCUCUCAGGAUAUCUACCCUACUAUGCUUUCCGCGCAAUUCGGUUUCUCCGCCAACGCCGUAACGGUUACUCAAGUCGUUGCCAACCUCGGUGCCAUGACUGGCGGUACUCUCUGUGGAUGGGCUAGUCAAAUCUUCGGUCGACGAUUCUCUAUUAUCGUGAUCGCCAUCGUCGGGGGCGCGCUUCUCUAUCCCUACGAUUUCAUUACCGACAAAUCCGUCAUCGCGGCUGCUUUCUUCGAACAGUUCUGUGUACAGGGUGCUUGGGGUGUGAUUCCAAUUCACUUGAUGGAACUGGCACCCGGACCCAUUCGUACCUUCGCUGUUGGUACCGCAUAUCAGCUAGGUAACUUGGUUUCAUCAGCAUCUUCAACCAUCGAGUCCACUAUUGGUGAACGAUUCCCCUUACCACCGACAAAGACUGGCGCAAAACGCUACGACUACGGCAAAGUUAUUUGCAUCUUCAUGGGAUGUGUGUAUGCGUACGUCAUUAUUGUCACAUUCUUUGGUCCUGAGAACUUAGGUCGCGAAUUCGAUGCUGAGCAUGAUGAGGAUUUGAAUGAGGCCGCUGCUCGUCGUAUGUAUGAGAAGGAUCCGGAGAAGGCCGCCGUCCAGCAUGUGGAGUGA